UUAAAGGUGAACUACCCCUUUAAAGAGGAAUUAAGCGAGCAAAGGAUUGAACUUGAUAGAUGUGUCUUGUAGCAACCUGUUCUACCUAUUAAAAUCUACUGAUCCGGGAUGAAGUGCCCCCUGGCCCUGUAAUCCUUAUUCAUCCACCCCCACCCUUAGAAUCAUUAUGUGUCUGUACAAUACUGACACUGGUAACGGCUGACAUGGAAACACAGACACGAGCAACAGGAAAGUCAGGAAAACCGAGGCAUAUUAUGGGAAUGCGAUAAUGCAGCAUUUUCCUUUCCUUCUGACUGUAGCUGUUCCCAAGCCCCCCUUUUUUUCUCUACCCCUGACACCAUGAAGCAAAGCAGGAAUGGAUUGGUGCUGGCUCAGUCAGUAGGUGUGUAGUCUGACUGCUGGAAAUCAAUGCUGAGUUAAAUGCCAUCUGAGCAGAACCAAUGGGGAGAGAGGAGGCCCGACACACCCACUGACACCAUAGGAGGCUGGGCUGGGGAGCAGCCAGUAGGUAGCCAGAGAGCAUGGCUAUUGUAGCUGCAUGGUAAAUACCGUGUGCAGAAAGCUCUCUUCAUGAGGUGUUUCGCAAUUUAUAUGCAGGGGAAAAAAAGUCACCUUGUUCCCCAGUGAUUUCACCCAUGUAAGGGUACAGGGGACAUCUCAGGAUCCGUCUUGGUGCUCAGUAGCAGAACAAGUCCACCACACUGUGUAUUUAAACCAAUCAGCACUUUACAAUGAAGCUUAUUGAUGGCAAGAAGCACUCAUUCCCGUGGUUUGGCAUGGAUAUUGGAGGAACGUUGGUGAAGCUGGUCUACUUUGAGCCCAAAGACAUUACAGCAGAAGAGGAACAGGAAGAGGUUGAAAACUUAAAAAGCAUAAGAAAGUACUUGACAUCCAACACAGCCUAUGGGAAAACUGGAAUCCGAGACGUGCACCUUGAACUGAAAAACUUGACUAUGUGUGGCCGCAAAGGCAAUUUGCACUUCAUCCGCUUUCCAACGUGCGCCAUGCACCGAUUCAUUGAGAUGGGAAGCGAAAAGAACUUCUCAAGCUUGCACACCACAUUGUGUGCUACUGGCGGCGGGGCCUAUAAGUUUGAAGAGGACUUUAGAAUGAUAGCUGACCUCCAGCUCCAUAAACUAGAUGAACUGGACUGUUUGAUUCAAGGCCUGCUCUAUGUUGACUCGGUGGGAUUUAAUGGCCGUCCGGAGUGUUAUUAUUUUGAAAACCCAACAGACACAGAGCAAUGCCAGAAGAAGCCGUACUGCCUUGACAAUCCUUAUCCUAUGUUGCUGGUUAAUAUAGGCUCAGGGGUCAGCAUCCUUGCAGUGUAUUCAAAAGACAAUUAUAAAAGAGUAACUGGAACUAGCCUCGGUGGUGGAACAUUCCUCGGUCUGUGUUGUCUACUGACUGGCUGUGAAACAUUUGAAGAAGCUCUAGAAAUGGCAAGCAAAGGUGAUAGCACGAAUGUUGACAAAUUGGUAAAAGACAUCUACGGUGGAGACUACGAGAGGUUUAGUCUACAGGGAACUGCAGUAGCAUCAAGCUUUGGUCACAUGAUGAGCAAAGAGAAGAGAGAUACCAUCAGUAAAGAAGAUUUGGCAAGAGCAACAUUAGUCACUAUUACUAACAACAUUGGAUCUAUUGCUCGUAUGUGUGCACUAAAUGAGAACAUUGACAGAGUUCUAUUUGUAGGAAACUUCCUCAGAAUUAACAUGGUCUCCAUGAAACUGCUGUCUUAUGCAAUGGACUACUGGUCAAAGGGGCAAUUAAAAGCCCUUUUCUUAGAACAUGAGGGAUACUUUGGUGCUGUCGGCGCUCUCCUUGAAUUGCUCAAAAUGAAUGACGAUCAGUAAGAAGGAACCAGCUAUAGCUUUGUACUGGCAGAAUAAUGCAUACGAUUCUGGAAGAUACGCGGGAAGCCAUUUCCCACUUGUACAUUGUGACUUGUAAAUAUUUUGGAUUCCUUUAACAGACACUGGGAGCCUAUAUAUACACUUUUAUUUUAUUUUUAAAAUGUGCAAAUGGUGCCAAAUGUACCAUAGUCAUAUUUGUGGAGUCAUUUAAAGCAGUAAUUUAUGAUGUCUGAUCUUUAUAUCCUUUUAGUGGGGCAUUUAUUCAGAAUGCUAAUCUGGAAGAGGCUUUAGGGAAGGUUUUAGAAAACUCAAAAUACU